AUGCUACUGUUUCUACUUUGUCUCUACAACAUGGAGGUGCGGAGUGAAACCAAGGUAAGCCCUGAUGCCAUCCAUCGCAGCAAAGAAGCAAAUACAGGAAAGGGGAUGGACUAUGGAAAUAGAUCUACCCGCAACGCCCGUAUUAAGAUGAAGGUUCAUAGCCGCCACGAUGACGAUAGCAAUCGUCGUGUUCAUCGUACCCAUCAUAAGGGAGGCCAUAGGAAAUAUGGAGGAAGCAUCAAGCCUCAUAAUAAAAACCAUGAGAAGAUACUUCGGAACAUGAUCAACAGUCAUGGAAACAAUCCGGAGAACCUGUCCCAUGAAGAAAAGGAUCUUGCAAACAUGGCAGCUCACGGAAACCUCGAUGCUCUUGAUAUGCUUUACAACGACGGUUCCAUAACACCGGAUGUUGCAGAGGAUGUGGAGAGUUCUAUUCUUGGAAGCCCAAGUGCAAGGCCGGCCACUGUUGCACCGUUGGAGUCGGAGCUUGUUUCUGUGGAGACACCACCGGACUAUUCCAACCCUGAAGAAACAUAUUUCUCGGGUGGAGUGGCCACUGGAAGGACCAACAAAGAGCAGGCAGAGAUCAACGCUCUGACCUAUAACGAAAGUCCAAUAGAUGAUGAAAUUCCUGAAAAUGCAUAUUCCUCGUUGGUUCUAAUGGGGCAUUCUGUACCUGUUGCACAGGGUGUUGCAGAUGAGAUUAAAGAUGCCAAUGCCAAAAAGGCACUGAGGAAAAAGAGGGCAAAUACGAUUUCUCAGCCACUAGUGAAUCCUUCUUAUAUUCCUCAGGCUCAACUUGCUAAGAUAGUAAAUUCUAAGGAUGUUGUUUCUGAAGCAGACAGGGAUAUGCUUGUGAAGAGUGUGUAUGAGAAAUAUAUCGAAAAGGGAUCUCCUGAGGAAAAAGCAGGGUUUGAAGCCUAUCAAGCAGGAUUUUUGAUUGAUAAGUACAAUGAAGCUUUGGCAAGUGGUCUGUCUCCGGAGGUUGCAUAUGCAAAGGCCAUGAGCCUAGCAGAUCUCAAUUACCAGCAUGCAACCAGGUCUGCAGCAAUUGCCGGAGGAGGGCAAACAGCAGCACAAAGUGCAGAAGAUAGGUCUUUGAUUGAGGAGAAGAACGCAAGGGAAAUAGUAAGGACACCUAGUGGACUUCGGCCCAAGGCUCUGAAGAAGAAGGAGGAAGAGAUUAACGAGAAGAGACUUGAACGGGCACGAGACAUAAGCGAUUACCUCUCUAAGGUCCAUAUAACCGAGCCUAUUAACAGGGCGCUUCAGAAGCUCAGCCAGGCGGCGGCAUUGAAGGAAGCAGCAAGUGUUGAGGGGUUGUCGAACCCUGUUGUUCAGGAGAAGAUUCUGACAGAUGUGGCGAUUUCGAGUGCAGAAGAUCUUGCAAAGGCACAUGAGAACCUGGAGAAUGCCAAGGCACAGCUCAAGCCGAGAGGGCGAAAGACAAAUGCUCUGAACUUCCUUUCGAAGGUUUCCACCGAAAAGGCAAUUGAGGAGAUGAAUCGUAGGAACGAAGAGAUGCAAAACGAGGCUAUAAGAGUGCAGAAGGAAGCCAACGAGAACAAUGCAGUAAAGGAGGCAGAGGAGCAUCUUGCAAAAGCAGCAGAACAGGAGAUCAUCAACAAUGAGGGAAAGAGUGCAUUUACAAAGGUUUUCGAGAGCACUGGAGACAUAAUGCAGGCCGAAAAGGCACGGGAAGAGGCAGAGAAGAUAACAGAGGAGACAUUGAACCAUGAAAGAGAGGUUAGAAAGGAGGAGGUGAUGAAGAUGCUGGGGCCGAUGGGAAUGAACGACUCGAUCCAAGAGGCUGUCGAUCACAUGGCUACAGCACAUGCCGGACUUAAUGUUGUUGGAUCGAACCUUGAGGAGCUGAACAAGAAGUAUGAGGAGGAGAUGGCACACCAAUCAAACAUUGAGGCACUAAGGAAAGAGACUUCUACAUCGAACCUCAAUGUUAAGGAAAUUAUUCCUCCAACCACCAGCAGAAUUGGGAUUUCCGAUGGAAAAGUAAAACUUCCUCUGAAGGGAUUCAGUAAUGAAGAGCCAAAGUCUGAAGAGGAAGUGAUUGUACAGAGCAGACAGAAGAACAGAAGGAAUCAAGUGAGAAACAAGGUUGUUGGGACAGCUGUUGAGAGUGGAUUGAAUGUCAUUGAGAUGGAGAAUGGAGCAGUGCAUAUCUCUGAGGCAGCAAAGGCAUUGAAGGUGAACAAAGGGAAGGUUAUCUUCCCUGAAGGAACAAAGGAAUUGAUGGAGAACCAGAAACUGGACACCUCGCUACUUGAACACCAGUACAACACAGGAGAGAGACCCGAGCUCGAUAAGGGUGUUGGAUACUACGAGGCAAAUGUGGAUGGAUUUGUCCUACCUCUUCCAUCUCCUCUUGAUCCCGUUCCUCCAUCUACGAUGACUGAUGGAAAGAAGAGCUUAAACAUUGGAUCGGCAUCUGAGCUGGAUAUUGAGGAUGGAGAGCUUAUACAGACGCCAUGGAACGAAUUUGUAAAGGAAAUGAGGCCGAUGAUUAAUGGAAGGCUGGCUCACGAAAGCGAGGUUGCAGCAGCUUCUGAGAUGAAGGCCAGAGUUGAGGAAGAGAAGAAAGCAAAGAACCUAGAAGGGAUCACAACAGAGGUUUAUACAAACCCUGAUGGAAGCAAGUUUGUUGAGAUUUCCUCUCCAUAUGGAGUUCCCGAGAUAAUGACGAUGGACCAGGCAAUCGAGAGUCUUAAUAGUGUUGGGUCUUCGACUGUUGGAGCAGUCAGCGAGGAGCUUAAGAAGAAAUCCCCGGACGUUCCAUUGGACAUGGCAGUAACCGACUCGGUGAAAGGAUCUGAGGAGACUUUCAUAAGUAAUGUGCUUUCCGAGAUUCAAAAGUCAGGGAACGGAAAUGAGGUGGCCAAGAAGAAUGUAUUCAACGGAAAGAUUGAUGGAGAGAAGGCAGCAAUAGUCGACGAGUACAACAAGGAGUUGAUCAGCGAACACAUUUCAACCUCGACCAGCACUGAGUCUCAGGUCAGGAACAACAUCAUAAGUAAGGCUGAGAGCUAUGCCAAAGGGAUGAACAUUUCUACAGAAACGUUCCUCAACAUGAUUUCUCAGCUUCCAGACUCUACAAUUAAGGAAAUGAUAAGCUACAACGAAGCAUCUCCAGAAGCUCGUAAAGACAUCACAGGAACAAACUUCUAUAGCCAGAUAACUAACAUUUUACCUGACAGCAAGACCAACGUCGGGUCGAUCACCGAGAUGAUAUUCAACAACAUAUCGACGGUGACCCACCAGCCUAACACAGUUGGCGGAGAGAUACUAGAGCAGAUGAUUGUUCCCAAUCUGAAGAGCGUUGAGCAGAUUGAAACCAAGAAGACACCUACAGGAACAACUGAGAUUUCUGUAUCUGUACCAAACGACCCUAGAAAGACACAAGUUCUUGGGGAGGUCAAGUUCAAAGGAAACCCAACCGUAACUCCAACCCCAACAAAGAAUUCAACUGGAGUCCAAGCAGGAGCAUCUUCCACUCCAGGGAGGACGGGAACGGCAAGUAACACAGGGGCUGGCCAGAUUCCGGGGUCCGGGGUACCAAGCAGCCAACAAAACCCGUUGAAGCCUGAAGUUAAGGCAUCUCCGGCCACAAGCAAUACAUUUACAAGACAAGUUCAGCCCGGGCAACCCGACCAUACAAUGAAUGGGCUUUCCUAUUCGUUCCCAGGCGCUAACGUACCAACCACAGGAACCCCACAGCUUCCAGCCACAGGAUUCACAGGACAAAUAGCUCAUUAA